UUACUAUCUGGGCACACUUACCCAAAAGCCGCAUUAAAUAGAUGAUAGUUGUGUUUAUAUCCAAAAAUCCCUUAAGAAGGCUGAAAACUUUGACGUAAAACGAUGUCUGCCAACGUAUCCACCCAUUACAUAUCGGAGAAGGUAUCCCGGGUGCGCUGGCUUCCGGAACAGUUGCUGCAGAGUGAGCGCUUUAUUACCGGCAGCUGGGACAUGGACAGGAACUUUGUGCGUCUGUGGAAGCUCCAGUCAAACCAAUAUGCCACCGCCAAUACAGCUGCCGCCGCGGAUAAUGUGGAGCUGAUGCCUCGUUGCAUGGACAAGGUGUCGAUGGAGGACGACGUCACUGGAAUGGAGUUCGUGGACAAGGACACACUGGCAGUUACCACUGCAGAUGGUCGACUUAGUCUUAUGAAUGUGCAGCGAGCUGUCGAGGAGGACCAGAUGCACCUGACAGCCCGCAGCGAGCAACUCCACAGCUUCCAACGUAGCCAGGAGCCGGCUCCGUGCACAGAUAUUUCCGUCUAUGGAACUGACAUUGCCACCGCCGGGGAGGAUGGUUGCGUCAACAUUCUGUCUGCCAGUAAUAUACGUCAAGUAAAACGGAACAUCGAAGCGGAUAGCUUAGCCCUAUUCGCAGUUAGCUUCGUCAGCCAAAAUCAAUUGGUGGCUGCAAACCGAAUGGGUGUAAUUCGCAUGCUGGACGUCCGAGUAGCCAGUGAGGCACAGCCGAAGGUUAACUUUAUGGUGGCUUGCAAAGACGAUAAAAGCUCUAACUUUGUAUCGUCAAUCACCUCGCAUCCAAUGCAACAACACAUCCUUCUCUGCGGAACUGAAGAGGGCUCUAUCACGGUGUGGGACUUGCGAAACCUAGAGUAUCCCGCCUCGUAUCUUAACGCCCACAGCAGUCCCAUCACUGAUAUAGGGUUCCACCGAAAGGACCCCUCAAAACUGUUUACAGCUGCAGAAGCUGGCGAGGUGUGGAUGUGGUCGGAAAACAAGGUUCUGACAUGCGACAAUCCGAAGGAUGGAAGCAGCGCCUGGCUCAGUGGUGAUCGGGUGAAAUCGCUGGUCGGUGUGGAGGGUGUCCUGACCAAUAUACGCAAAGCAAUAAACUCCUUCGAUGUGCAUGGAACUCGAUUAGUCUGCGGUGGUGAUUCAGAGGCUGUGUACUUGAUCGAUGACAUCGUCUGAAGGUUAUGCUAUGUAAUUUCAUUUUCUAUAAUUAUUAAAAUUGUUAUAAAAGAAUUUGGCA